GCUGUUGAAGUGCUGUGAGUCCAGACUCUCUUUGUGCCUCACAAGUAGUGCUUUUCAGAGCGCUUGGCGUCCCUGCUGUAUGGCUGUGUCACUGUGAGAUGACAACAGGAUUUGCUGGGAAUGUGGGCCACUAUUGUAUCCGCCUUACGUAACCACGUGGAGUGCUGGAAAUGGGUGAGCAGCCUGGGAGGUAGGCAGUGGCCAGCCCUGACUCUGCGGAGCCAUGAAGGCCGCUCAGCUAUUCCAGAGGGUGUGGAUCCAGACAUUUAAAAAGUUGGAGAGAUGGAAAGGCCAUGGCCCAGGCAUGGAGGAGGUGAUAUGGGAGCAGUACACCGUGACCCUGCAGAAGGAUUCCAAAAGAGGAUUUGGAAUCGCAGUGUCGGGAGGUAGAGACAACCCACACUUUGAAAACGGGGAAACGUCCAUUGUCAUUUCUGAUGUGCUCCCAGGUGGACCCGCGGAUGGCUUGCUUCAAGAAAAUGACAGGGUGGUCAUGGUCAAUGGCACCCCCAUGGAGGAUGUGCUCCAUUCCUUUGCAGUUCAGCAGCUUAGGAAAAGUGGGAAGAUCGCCGCCAUUGUGGUCAAGAGGCCCCGGAAGGUUCAGGUGGCCCCGCUGCAGGGCAGCCCCCCUCUCAGUCACGAUGACCGAGGUUUUGAGGUGAUAGAUGAAUUUGAUGGCAGAAGUUUCCGCAGCGGCUACAGCGAGAGGAGCCGGCACAGCAGCCACGAUGUGCUCAGCCACAGCUGGGAAGACAGCAGGGAGAGGGGGCGCCCCCAGCAGCGCACGCAGAGCCGCGAGCGGGAGCGCAGCCGUGGCCGGAGCCUAGAACGUGGCCUGGACCACGAAGACUAUGGGCGCAGCCGGGAGCGCAGCCGUGGCCGGAGUCUGGAACGUGGCCUGGACCGCGAUUUUGUGCCCCGGGACCACAGCCGUGGCCGCAGCAUCGACAGGGACUACGACCGAGACUAUGAGCGCACCUAUCACCAAUCCUAUGAGCCUGACUAUGAGGGCGGCUACAGCUCAUCAUAUGACCGCAGAGCCCAGCCGGAGCGCCGCUAUGAGCGCAGUCACAGCCGCGAACACCUACGUUCCCGGAGCCCCAGUCCUGAGCCUAGGUCCCGGCAGGAGCACAAGCAUGAUCCAGACAGGCCCAUCGGGGUCCUUCUCACCAAAAGCAAAGCAAAUGAAGAGUAUGGUCUCCGGCUGGGGAGUCAGAUCUUCAUCAAGGAAAUGACCAGAACAGGACUGGCAACCAAAGAUGGCAACCUUCACGAGGGGGAUAUAAUUCUCAAGAUCAAUGGGACUGUUACUGAGAACAUGUCUUUAACGGACGCUCGGAAGCUAAUAGAAAAAUCUAGGGGGAAACUGCAGCUUGUGGUGCUGAGAGACAGCAGGCAGACCCUCAUCAAUGUCCCCUCCCUCAAUGACAGUGACUCAGAAGUAGAAGAUAUCUCAGAAAUAGAGUCCAACCGAUCUUUCUCUCCAGAGGAGAAGCGCCAGCAGUAUUCUGAUCAGGAUUUUCAUUCCUCCAGCGAGAAGCUGAAGGAGAGGCCGAGUUCAAGAGAGGAAACCUCAGGCAGACUGUCCAGGAUGGGUGCCACACCCACUCCAUUUAAGUCAACAGGGGACAUCACAGCUGCAGGUGUUGCCGAGGCCAACAAGGAGCCCAGGCACCAGGAAGAAACCCCAGUUCCUCAACCCAGAGCAGCCCCAAGAACUUUCCUUCGUCCUAGUCCUGAAGACGAAGCAAUCUAUGGCCCGAAUACCAAAAUGGUGAGGUUCAAGAAGGGAGAGAGUGUGGGCCUCCGGCUGGCUGGCGGAAAUGACGUCGGGAUAUUUGUCGCUGGCAUUCAGGAGGGCACCUCUGCGGAGCAGGAGGGCCUGCAAGAAGGAGACCAGAUUCUGAAGGUGAACACACAGGACUUCAGAGGGCUAGUUCGGGAAGAUGCGGUUCUCUACCUGUUAGAAAUCCCCAAAGGUGAAACUGUGACCAUUUUGGCUCAGAGUCGAGCAGACGUGUACAGAGACAUCCUGGCUUGUGGCAGAGGAGACUCGUUUUUCAUAAGAAGCCACUUUGAAUGUGAGAAGGAAACCCCACAGAGCCUGGCCUUCACCAGGGGCGAGGUCUUCCGAGUGGUAGACACGCUGUAUGAUGGCAAGCUGGGCCACUGGCUGGCUGUGAGGAUCGGAAAUGAGCUGGAGAAAGGCUUAAUCCCUAACAAGAGCAGAGCUGAGCAAAUGGCUAGUGUCCAGAAUGCCCAGAGAGAGACCGCUGGGGACAGGGCAGACUUCUGGAGGACACGUGGCCAGAGAUCCGGGGUCAAGAAGAACAUCCGGAAGAGCCGGGAAGACCUGACGGCUGCUGUGUCGGUCAGCACCAAGUUCCCGGCCUACGAGAAGGUUCUGCUGAGGGAAGCUGGCUUCAAGAGACCUGUGGUCUUAUUCGGCCCCAUAGCAGAUAUAGCAAUGGAAAGGUUGGCGACUGAGCUACCUAACUUGUUUCAAACCGCAAAAACUGAACCCAAAGACGCAGGAUCUGAGAAAUCCAGUGGCGUGGUUCGCUUGAACACUGUGCGGCAGAUUAUUGAGCAGGACAAGCAUGCCCUCCUUGACGUGACUCCCAAAGCUGUGGAUCUGCUCAAUUAUACUCAGUGGUUCCCAAUCGUGAUUUUCUUCAACCUGGAUUCCAGACAAGGUGUUAAAACCAUAAGACAAAGGUUGAGUCCAACAUCCAAUAAAAGUUCUAGGAAGUUAUUUGAUCAAGCCAACAAGCUCAAAAAAGCCUGUUCUCAUCUUUUUACAGCAAUAAUCAAUGUGAAUUCAGCCAAUGACGGCUGGUUUGGCAGCUUGAAGGACAGCAUUCAGCAGCAGCAAGGCGAAGCAGUCUGGGUCUCUGAAGGAAAGAUGGAAGGGGUGGAUGAUGACCCUGAAGACCGCAUGUCGUACUUAACCGCCAUGGGCGCGGACUAUCUGAGUUGUGACAGCCGUCUCAUCAGUGACUUUGAAGACACCGACGGCGAGGGAGGCGCCUACACUGACAAUGAGCUGGAUGAGCCAGCUGAGGAGCCGCUGGUGUCUUCCAUCACCCGCUCCUCGGAGCCGGUGCAGCAGGAGGAGAGCAUAAGGAAACCCAGCCCAGAGCCACGAGCUCAGAUGAGGAGGGCUACUAGCAGAGAUCUACUUAGGGAUGGUAGCCCGCCCCCAGCAUUCAAGCCAGAGCCGCCCAAGGCCAGAAACCAGCAUAGAGAAGACUCCUACGACUACUCCAAGCCAAUCCCUUACGCCAUGACUGGCAGUGAAACCCAGGGGGGGUCUACCAAAGGGUGUCCCCCCCCUGUUGCAGUGAAACCUGCUUUCGGGCGAUCCAUCCUGAAGCCUUCCACUCCCGUCCCUGUGCCUGAGAGCGAGGAGGUGGGGGAGAGCACUGAGGAGCAGGAAGAUGCUCCCAGGUCAGUCCUGGGCAGAGUGAAAAUAUUCGAGAAGAUGGACCACCAGGCAAAAUUACAGAGGAUGCAGGAGCUCCAGGAGGCACAGAGCGCGAGGAUCGAAAUCGCCCAGAAGCACCCUGACAUCUAUGCCGUUCCAAUCAAAGCCCCCAAGCCAGACGCCGGCCUGCCCCCGCACAUGAGUUCUAGACCUCCAGAGCCACAGAAAGCUCCGUCCAGACUCUACCAGGACACCAGCUACGGCAGUGAUCAGGAGGAAGAGGAAUACCGCCAACAGUUGGCGGCGCACUCGAAGCGUGGUUACUACAGCCAGCCCUCCCGGUACCGAGACACGGAAUUAUAGAUGGCUGUGCAUGGACUCCUGUUAGGCCGGCCUGGAGAUCUUCUCCAGUUAAAGUGCCCUGCAGAGAUAUGAUGGGGGCCCAGGCGGUAGACAGUACCAAUUACCAACCGAAGACUCUGUGUGUGGGACUGGGGUAAAGCUGAUUAUGACUUUUUGCCCAGGAUGAAGAGAAACAGUACAGUCUGACACUGUUACUUGCUUUGGUGUGGACCAAAAUCUGUAUUAAUCUCUCUGUAUUUUUUAAUAUGUAUAUUAAGGAGCAAUAACUAUUUUUCCUCAUUCAUAGCUGCCUUCCAACACUGCUUCUGUGUGAAGCAAUCAUGAAAAAGGAGUAAGAAGAAUACUCUGUCUCAAACUAAAUUCACAAGUAUUUUAUUACAGUUCUCUAAGUGCCUUUGACAAGAUGUGUCUUAAGUUUUCCUUCCUGAGGCUUAUGCAAAGCUAUAAUGAACUAAAACUUUAUUUUGACUAAACUUUUCUACCAGUUUAGCAGCUGUCACGGCCCCUGCCUCGCGUCCAUCUUUUCAGGGCGUUGUCUUUAUAGUGUUUCCCACAAAUCCCGACUGUACAUAGGACGGCUACGCUUGGUAGUUUGGUUGUCAAAGCUGCAGAGCUCGGAGGCCAAGAACUUAGUCUGGGUUUUGUUGUUGUUGUUGUUGUUGUUGUUUGUUCAAAACCAUGGGCUCCAGAAGCAGAUACCUGAGAAAAGGGUAUUUUGUUUCCUUUAUAUCAGUGUAUGUACUGACAUCAAGCAAUUUUAUAAUUUAAUAAAAAGGAGUACAUUGUAGUCAAGAA